AUGUCCGAUCGUUUGGGGCAAAUAACCAAGGGAAAGGAUGGGAAAAGCAAGUACUCGACUCUCAGCCUGUUUGAUAAGUAUAAAGGAAAGUCAAUAGAAGCUAUCAGAACUACAGUUAUUCCUAGACAUGGCUUACAGAGUCUUGGGAAAGUUGCUGCUGCCCGGCGUAUGCCACCUCCUGCAAACUUGCCUAGCUUGAAGUCUGAGAACAAAGGAAACGACCCCAACAUCAUUAUAGUACCCAAGGACGGUACAGGAUGGGCAAACAAGCAGGAUCAGCCAGACCAAAAGAGUUCCAGUGCGACGGCUGCACAGCUGCAGGAGUCGCUGCCGCAGUAGGGUUUGCAGAAAUCUGUCUCCAAUUUACAGAAGCCGACACAGUCAAUCAGUCAGGAGAGUACAAAUUCAGUGCCAGGUGGACCAAAGUCAUGGGCACAGCUGAAUGGAAAGCCAGCAGGACAAGAAGGUGGUUCAAGGGCCUCAAGCCGACUGUUAUCCUUCUCUCCCGAGGAAUUUCCGACGCUGAAAGCAGCUGGCGAGCAGGACAAGGUUGGCAAAGAAAAGGGCGCCUUAGAUCCGUCGUAUGGGCCAGGACCAAGCCUCCGCCCCCAGAAUGUCACCAGUUGGAGGGAGGGCGGUGGGAGGAACAUAACCUCAGCCACAUCUCUGACCGCCUCCCCUGCUGAGCUGGGCAGCAAGACCUCUAGCACUGGAGACGGAGCCCCCUCCUCAGCGAGUGCCAGCGAUCCGAAGGAGCCGUCUCUCCGCCCAGCUCAGCCUGUCCGCAAAGGGGCUUCGCAGUUCAUGGGAAAUGUCUAUCAACCACCUACAUACCAUGACAUGCUACCUGCUUUUAUGUGUCCACAACAGCCAUCUGAGGCCUCUGCACCGCUGGACAGAGGGUCUUUCCCCCUUCCUCAGCUUCGGCUUGAGCCCCGGGUAUCUUUCAGACAAUACCAGAUGAAUGACCAGGAUGGAAAAGAGAACAGACUCAGCCUGUCUCGCCCAACGCGUCCAGUUCGGCAAGUGGAGAGAGUACCUCGGCCCACCAUUAUCAAUGCAGAGAACCUAAAGGGGCUGGAUGAACUAGACACAGAUGCAGACGAUGGAUGGGCAGGAAUUCACGAUGAAGUGGAUUACUCCGAGAAGCUAAAGUUUAGUGAAGAUGAGGAAGAGGAAGAAACUCUUAAAGAUGGACGACAGAAGUGGAACAGCUGGGAUCCCAGAAGGCAGCGACAGUUGUCCCUGAGCUCUGCAGACAGUGCAGAUGUCAAACACACCUUGGAGGAAGGAAAGAAUUGGGGAGACUCAGCUGGCUUAUCCCGGUCAGUCCGGAAAGUCCAGGAAUCACAGCAGCCUCCGAGGAAGCUGAAUGGCUGGAGCUCUGCAUCUGAACACCAGAAGCCCACAGGGGGAAGUGUUCUCAGACAGCAGUCCCUUGAGGAUAAAGAAGAAAAGGUGCCACUGAGACAAAAGUUUGUGCACUCUGAGAUCUCGGAGGCUGUCGAGAGAGCCAGGAAGCGACGGGAGGAGGAGGAGCGCCGAGCCAGGGAGGAGCGUCUGGCAGCCUGCGCUGCAAAGCUGAAGCAACUUGAUCAGAAAUGCAAACUGGCUCAGAAGAGUGGGGAGACUCAGAAACACACAGAGAAUGAAGACCUGCGACCCCCAAGCACAGAGAAAAAUGCGGUGCAAGAGAAUGGUCAUGCUUUCCGUAGAGCAACCCCUGAGUUUCAGACACAGGAUGCCUCUGUUGGCUAUCUGGAAGAGGAGGCUCCUGCCCCAGCAGCAGGAGCCCAAAGCAGCAGUGAGGAGGAGCUCAGAGAAGCUCCCUCCCCAGCACAGGAAUUCAACAAAUACCAGAAGUCUCUUCCCCCGCGAUUCCAGAGACAGCAGCAGCAACAGCAGCAGGAGCAGCUGUACAAGAUGCAGCACUGGCAGCAGCAGCAAGUCUAUCCUCCCCCAUCCCAUACCCAUCCCCAACGGACAUUCUACCCACCGCAUCCCCAGAUGCUUGGCUUUGACCCUCGCUGGAUGAUGAUGCCCUCUUAUAUGGACCCUCGAAUGGCCCAGAGUCGCACCCCUGUAGAUUUCUACCCUUCAGCCCUUCACCCUUCAGGAAUUAUGAAGCCCAUGAUUCAGCAGGCCUCCAUUGGUGGGAGCAGCUGUCGGUCUGAAGAUCAGACCUGUCAAGCAGGGCAGACAGAAAGAAAAACUCCCUUGGACUCUGUGCCAGUGUGGGGCCAGGAGAGCUACACAUCUCUGCAGAGCAAAGGAUACUCCUUGGCACAUCAAAAACAGGCUGACAACAUGACCAUGGAGGGGCUGCAUGCCAGGAAUGAUGGUUACUCUGCUUCUCCUGGAAGGCCAGAGAGUCUGAGCACCCAGCGAGAUCUCUUUGAGGAGAGAGAGGAGGAGUACUUGAAUGCUUUUGACAAGAAGGCCCAAGCAGACUUCGACAGCUGCCUGUCUUCUCAGAGGAUAGGCCAAGAUCUCUUGUUCCAGCAUCAGGAGACUGUGCAGGAAACCUGUCCUGCUAGCAACCGCCAUGCAAACUUGAGGUGUUCACCCCUAGAGCCAGAUUUUAUCCAAGCAGAGAAGAAGCCUGAAUAUAAUGGCUGGGAUAUCAGCCACCCUCAGAAACCUGCAGAGACUGCAGCAGAGGUUGCUGAAGAAGUGCCCAGAGAUGAGCAGUCAUUCAGUGCCGACCCAUGGAAGAAAGAAGGAGCUAGUACCAAACAGUCCACUGAAGAGACAACAGAGUGGGCUUCUGAGAACCGGAACACCAGUGGUCAGCAGCACCAGGAACAAAUGGGGAGGACACGGCGAUCAGGCCCGAUUAAAAAACCAGUCCUGAAAGCCCUCAAGGUGGAGGAAAAGGAGAAGGAGAUGGAGAAGGUUAAAUUGGAGGGAGAAGACACCUCACGCCCACUGAAGGAGAAGGCGGCUGUUCAGAAGGUAGAAAAUGAGUCAGAUGAUUCUGCAGCCUUACUGAACUCUACACGCUAUGUGCUGGAUGACAGAGGUUCUUCCCAAGCCAACCUUGCCCGAGAGGCUGAGAAAUCUCAAGAGGAAGAGGAGGAAGAGGAGGAGGAAGAGAAGCCAGAAAGAACCUGGGAGAGCAAGCUAUCCAGAGAGUCCAGUGAUCUGCCUCCCACAAAAAGAAACAACUGGAUCUUCAUUGAUGAGGAACAAGCCUUUGGUGGGAGAGGUCAAGGGCGUGGCCGAGGGCGAGGCUUCAGAGAGUUCACAUUCAGAGGCCGAGGCACUGUUGUGGGCAGCCGGGGAGUCUAUAACAACCAGCGCAGUGCACGAGGGCGAGGGCUUCGGGAGUUCAACCAGCCAGAGGACUUUCCCAGAGGCAAGCCAAGGCGACGGAUUGCGAGUGAGACACACAGUGAAGGGUCAGAAUACGAGGAGCUCCCCAAGCGUCGCCGGCAGAGGGGCUCAGAAAACAGCAACGAAGGCUCUGUACUGGACAGGGAGGACAGUGACUUGAAGAAGGGAGACUUCAAAGAAUCUUGGAGGUCCAACAAAAUCUAUUCAGAUGAUCACACUAGUCUAGAUCCUAAGAUGAGGGCUCCAAGAGCUUUUGGGAGAUCACUGCCACCAAGACUGAGCAAUUCUGGCUAUGGGCGGAGGGGUUUCAUGGGUAAGGAGCCAGCCCAGUGGCAAGGCCGGAAUGGGGGAGUGGGGUGGCAGGAGUACAGCCACACCUCUCCGUCGGACAAUUUUGGGAGCAGGCAGCAGUCUGACAGGGACUACAUUCAGGAUUCUUACAAACACGUGGAUUCCUUUUCCAGCCGGGUUUUUGACGAGAGUCAUCUGGAUGACAAAAGGCACUUUUUCCAGGAGGAUUACUCAGCGGAUCAGGAGAACAUAGAGAACAGGCCUUUCAGGAGGCGGCGUCCCCCACGCCAAGACAAGCCUCCGCGAUUCAGGCGCCUCAGGCAAGAGAGGGAAUCGGUCGGCCAGUGGAACCCUGAGGAGGGAGGCCCCAACCUGCUGCCAAGCCAGUGGCCUGGAAGACCCAAGCUGACCACCGCAGAGAAGAGCAGCAUCUCAGGCAGGCGGUCUCCUGAGCUGUCCUACCAGAACUCAUCAGACCAUGCCAACGAGGAGUGGGAGACAGCAUCUGAAAGCAGCGACUUCAGCGAGCGUCGGGAGAGGCGAGGUGGAGUUUCCGAGAGUGAAGGCCAGCUGGAGGGUGGCCUUGGGAGUGGGACCUUGGGAGAGAAGAGGGAGCUAGCGAAGAGGAGCUUCUCAAGCCAAAGGCCGCUUGUAGACAGGCAGAACCGCAAGGCCGAGCCAGCAGGGUUUGUGGAGCAGUCUGUUAGGACUGGCGUGGGAGCAGCUUCCAGAUACGAGAGCCAGCAGAACGGGACUCUGAUAAAAAGCAAAAGGUCUCCAGAAGAAGGAGGGGGCCCUGGCAACACCAGUGGUGGGAGCAGCCACUCCAUUUACAGCUUGGAUAGGGCCUCCCAUGCGAACUCGGAGAAUGCUGAGGGGCCAGGCAAAAAGCCAGAGAAGGAGCCUAAAUCCACUGCGCAAAGAGCAAACGAGAAGGGAGAGGCCUUGUCACAGUUUGAACUGACUUAUGGAAGUACCAUUAUCGAUAAUCGGGUGUCAAACACAGCAGAAGAGAAUGAAGUUGGUUCUAUGGCAGGUGAAGGCUUCAUUGAGGUUCUUACUAAAAAGCAGCGUCGUUUGCUGGAAGAAGAGAGAAGGAAGAAGGAACAGGCUGCUCAGGCACCAGCUAAGGCCCGUGUCCUUCAGUCUCGCAUUCCUCCUCGAUUUGCUAAGAAACAGAACAGCUUGUGCUUGGAGCAAAGUGAUGUAACAGUGUCUGGAAACAGCCUGGGCACAGAGAUCUGGGAGAGCAACAGCCCAGCUCUUUCUGUUCAGUCUCCUGGCAGUGAUUCCUGGAGCAAGCCUGUGAAUACCUUUAACGGUACUGAAUCUAACACCGCUGAGCAGGGUUUUAAAGGCAGCCAGGGGGAUAGUGGCAUUGACUUGAGUGCGGAGUCUCGGGAAUCUUCCGCUACCUCCUCUCAGCGCAGUUCUCCAUAUGGCACCCUCAAACCAGAGGAGAUGAAUGGGGCUGGCCUGGUGGACCCAAAGCCUGACUGCCAGAAGGAGCAAGUGCAGAAGCAAUCUGAUAAAAAGGAUUCAGAUCAAGGCUCAGGACAGAACAAGGAACACAAGCCUGGACCAAUCGGCAACGAACGCUCCCUGAAAAACAGAAAGGGUUCGGAGGGAACGGAACGGCUGGAAGGGAAUAUUCCCCCUGUUAAUGGGGUGGAAAUUCACGUGGAUUCUGUACUUCCUGUGCCGCCCAUUGAAUUUGGAGUAAAUCCUAAAGACUCUGACUUCAGCUUGCCGCCUGGUUCUGCCUCUGGCACUGCAGCUAACCCUGUCACCAAACUGCAGGAUGCCUUGGCCAGUAAUGCAGGGUUAACGCAGUCCAUUCCCAUUCUGCGAAGAGAUCAUCACCUUCAGCGGUGCAUUGGCCUGAACCCAAUGUCCUUCCCCACUGCAGACCUUACUCUUAAGAUGGAGUCUGCUCGUAAAGCUUGGGAAAACUCUCCCAGUUUACCAGAACAGAACUCCCCAGGAGGCGCAGGUUCUGGCAUCCAGCCCCCUUCCAGUGUGGGAGCUUCCAACGGUGUCAGCUACAGCUCUUUUGGUGGAGUUUCUAUGCCUCCUAUGCCUGUGGCGUCCGUAGCACCUUCUGCAUCUAUUCCAGGUAACCAUAUUCCACCCCUGUAUCUGGAUGGCCAUAUGUUUGCAAGUCAGCCCCGCCUGGUCCCCCAGACAAUACCUCAGCAGCAAAGCUACCAACAGGCUGCUGCUGCUCAACAGAUUCCUAUUUCACUGCACACAUCCUUACAGGCCCAAGCUCAGCUUGGGCUGAGGGGUGGUCUGCCUGUUUCCCAGUCCCAGGAGAUGUACAGUUCCAUACAGCCCUUCAGGUCUCAAGUGUAUAUGCACCCCAGUCUGUCUCAACCCAGCACCAUGGUCCUGACAGGAGGCACUGCUCUGAAGCCUCCGUAUUCCGCCUUCCCAGGCAUGCAGCCUUUGGAGGUGGUGAAAACCCAGUCUGGGUCUCCCUAUCAGCCCAUGAAUGGAAGCCAGACGCUGGUUUAUGAAGGCCAGAUAAACCAGGCAGCUGGUAUGGGAGCUUCCCAGAUGAUGGACUCUCAGCUUACACAGCUAACAAUGCCUGUGCCUGGCUCCCAGCUUCCUCUGCCCCGCUACGGCUCUGGCCAGCAGCCCCUGAUUCUACCGCAGUCCAUCCAGCUCCCUCAGGGGCAAAACCUGCCUGUAGGAGCUCCCCGAAGAAUCCUCCCUCCUGGAUCCCAGCCUUCUGUUCUUGCUACCAGCAGAGAGUCCUCCCAGAUGGAAAUGAAAGGGUUUCAUUUCUCCGAUGGUAAACAGAGUAUGUCCUCCGGAGGGUCAGUACCGUCACCACACACGUACAGGCCUAGCUCUGCCAGCCCAAGCGGGAAGCCGUCUGGACCAGCAGUUAGUAUGGGCUCUGUGCAAGGACACUAUGUACAGCAGGCAAAGCAGCGGGUGGAUGAAAAUAAAGCCAACCUGGGAGCAGUAAAGCUGCAAGAAACAGCCUCCACAAACCAGAUGAAGCCAGUGCGCACAGGAGCAAUCAAACCUCAGGCAGUCAAAGUGGAGGAGAGCAAGGCCUAGAAGCACCUCUGAUGCCCAGCUGGUCCUACUGCCUGAGGGGCACCGCAGCUUAGACUGGACCCCACUGGAUCUCCUGAAAAUCUCGCCAGACCUACUCCCCACCCCACAUUGACUGACUACAGCGACAUCAUCCAAGCCCCUCUCCCAACAACACAGUUUUAAACAGUGGAUAUGACAUUGACCUGCUUGCUUUAAAACAAACCAACCAUGUGACUUUUAAGUGGCUCGAGCCAUUUUUUUAUUUUAUUUCCCCCUCCCCAUGCCCCGUCUGCAGGUAGCUGUGAUUGCUCACUUGGCAAAGCCUAUCCUUCUCCUUCCCUACUUCUGUCUCAGCAGAGUGGCAACUGGGGGAGAGGGGUUAGUUUGAGGUUUUUUCAUUUUAAAGGCAGCUGAGGUUUUUACAAAAAAGCUAUAUCUUUGUAUAUAGCAGAACUUUUAUAUGUUCUCUCAUUUCUCCCCCCUUCUUUCUGCUUUCCUCAUUCCUUCCAGAAAAGAAUUCCCUCCAGCUAAAAUUAUGUUCCGACAAAA